AUGUGGACCAAGGUCAUUGUACUAUUGUCAAAUUACGCGGCACAGAGCACGCUGAGAUUUCAGAGUAAUCCGAAGACGUCGAUCAGUUCUGCAAACGUCCAGCUGAUCUACCACUCCGUACUGUCUGAACUGUUGCACGACAAACGAAGAAAGUUCACAUUCUCGGAAACCUCGUAUUUCUGGCGAUGGUGGAAAGAACAGCGGCCAGUCACGAGAGCCACCUUCAGGACCCUGGUUCAGGAAGGCAGGAUCGAGUUCGCCGGGGGUGGCUGGGUACACAACGACGAAGCAACUGUUGAUUACCUGCAAAUCAUUGACCAGUACACUUGGGGGUUGAGGAAACUCAAUGAUACACUGGGCAUAUGUGGUAAGCCGAAAGCGGCUUGGCAGAUCGACACAUACGGCCAUACGAGGGAGCAGGCGUCGCUGCUGGCUCAAAUGGGCUACGACGGACUGUUUAUUGGACGCGUAGAUCACAAAGAAAGAGAUGCUAUGAUUGAAGAAGACAGACUGGAGUUUAUGUGGAGGGGCAGUGACGUGCUUGGUAAAAUGUCUGACAUAAUGUCUCACACGCUGUUCAACUUGUACAACGCUCCGGAGAGAUUCUGCUUCGACUUCCUAUGCAACGACGAGCCAAUUAUAGACGAUCCGGACAGUAAAGUUUACAACGCUCAUAAACGGGUGAACGACUUUAUAUCCCAAAUCGAGAAGCAGGCGAGGUAUUACGACCACGACAACAUAAUGGUGACCAUGGGCGGUGACUUUACAUACCAGAGCGCCGCCAACUGGUUCAUGAAUAUGGAUAAACUCAUCAACCACGUCAACACGCACCCCGCAAAUUUGUCAGACAUAAACAUUUUUUAUUCAACGCCAUCUUGCUAUUUGAAAGCGAUUUACCUCUACGGACGACGGGACAAAGCUGACGACCUUUUGCCAUAUGGCAGUGACCCAAACACCUACUGGACUGGCUUCUAUACUUCACGACCGAGUUUCAAGUAUCUGGCGAGGAGAGCACACGUCUUCCUUCAGGUAGUGAAGCAGCUGUCAGUAAUAGCUCACAUAGGUGACACUUACGAACUCCACCUUCUGAGGCAUGCUGUUAGCCUGAUACUCCAUCAUGACACUAUCACAGGUACUAGCCAACAGCAUGUUGCUAAUGAUUUCAUAAGGAUAUUGAGUGAAGCCAUUGAUACGUGUACCAAAAAGAUUUCUAGUUUCAUAAGCAUUUUAACACCAACGUGGGGCAACAGUAAACGAUCGAAAAAUAAUCAGCAAUUUGUGAUUACUUCCCAGUUUUUAGAGACACACGAAUCAGUCAUCGUGGUCGUGUACAAUCCUCUCAGUACGAAGACCUACCACCACGUCAAGCUUCCCGCUGUGGCUUUGCACUAUUCUAUAAGGGACUACAAUGAUGAAGAAGUAGAAUACCAAUUGGUGCCAUUGCCAAGCGCUGUCAUCAACCUACCAGGACGCUCGUCCAGCACCAUACAGGAGCUGUGUUUCGAAGCGGAGAACAUACCGCCGUUGGGUUACUCGGCGUAUUACAUCACGCCGAUCCGGGAUCCCCUGGAAGAAAAUGCAUUCAUAAAAAAGAAAUCACAGCCUAAUUCUGAUCCUGAUCAAGAAGUGUCGUCCUUCAUAUCCAACGAGUAUAUUAAAGUCACAGUGAACAAGGACAGCGGCCUACUGCAGUCUAUCCAGCAUGUAGAUGGCGCAACUAUCCAUAUCUCGCAAAAUUUCUUCUACUACAGCCAGCUGUCACAAGGGCUGCAGUCUGGAGCCUACAGUUUCAGGCCUCACCAAGAAAGACCUACACCGGUGACAGAUCGCGUGACUUACCAUACGAUCAGGGGUACCCUGGUGAAGGAAAUACGACAAAAGUUCAACGAGUGGAUCACGCAGAUCAUCCGGUUGUACCGGAGCGAGGAGUUCGUCGAGCUGGAGUGGAUCAUAGGACCUGUACCUAUAGGUACGGACUUGGGCAAAGAAGUCGUGAGUGUCUUCACAACGAAUAUCACCAAUAAUGGUGAGUUCUUCACCGACUCCAACGGCAGGCAGAGGAUGAAAAGGAGUUGCUGGAACGAGACUGCCAGCCAACAACAAAAGAAGGCAAUCUCUGCGUGUUACUAUCCAGUGACCUCUAGAAUCUGCAUCCAAUCCCUUAACUCCAGUAUUGAAAUGUGUAUUUUAACUGACAGACCUCAAGGUGGAACUUCGUACAAUGAAGGGGAAAUAGAAUUAAUGGUCCAUAGACGACUGCUAACGGACGAUGGUUUCGGUUUAGAAGAGGCACUGAAUGAAGAAGAGUAUGGUGUAGGACUGGUCAUCAAAGGCAAGCACAGGAUUGUGUUCGGCAACUUCAGGCAUGAGGUGGACGACCAGACAUUUCCGGAGCGAGUGUCCCAAUCAGCCAGGAAGUGGAUGAUGGAGCCGUGGCUGUUCCUUACGGCUGGAGAUAAGAUGAACAGGCGAAAGUGGCAAAACAUAAGAAACAAACGCUACUCGUCUCUUCGAGUACACGGUCUGCCAAGACACAUUCACGUACUAACUCUGGAGCCGUGGAAGGCUGGCUCCGUGCUACUCAGGCUUGAAAAUACAUUAGAAACGACUGAGAGAGGAAAUUUAAAGGGACACAAAUCAGAAGCCCCUGAAGGAUACAUAGCGACAUCACAUGUGACGGUGGAUCUGCGCAAGAUCUUUCUGCAGCUGCAAGUCAAAAUGGUGCGGGAGACGACGCUAGCCGCCAACCAGUGGCUGGAUGAUGCGAGACAAAUGGAUUGGAGCACUAGGUACGUGUACAAUGGUGCUGAUGAUGGUAUAUUGGCUGAAGAUAUCAUGGAUUACGGCGAUGACAAAUCUACUAAACACGGCGAUGUUAGGGAAUCUGAACGUUAUUCAGAUGAAGAAGUGGAUUAUUCCAGAAAAAAACUACGACCCAAAAGUAAUAUAGACAAAAGAGCCAAAAUAAAAGCUCCGAAAUCUACUUACGAAUACGACAGGAGAAAACGAUCACUAAACUCAACAGAAAACAUCAAUGAAAACGUAAUAAUAAUUAAUGAAGCAUAUGACCAACAAAAAACUGAAAUUGAUGAUAAUAAAACAGAUCUCAAUUAUAAUUCCACAACUACGUCUUACGCUGAGACAAACACAUUUAAAAAUGUUUUGAAUAAAACUGAUAAAAUUGAAAAUAGAAGACAAGUAAAGACAAAUGCAAAGGAAGUGGGUUCUAUCAAUAAAAAGUCUAAGCAAAAUCAAUAUUCAUUAGAUGAGAGAAACACUGGGAAUAUAGAAUCCGAUGAAGAGGACUUAUCGACGAAUCUGAAGAAGAUCAGAAGAAAUGAACGCGAAAAUUUAAAGAAAACUAGAGAUACAGUCGCUUCUCUAGAUGAUGCUGACGAUGGAGUUACAAAAUCAAUUUACGACAUGUAUUACAAGACGACAACUAAGAGAACAUAUCCGUUCAAACCGAUGUUGAGGAGUUUAGAGGAAGAAUCUAGAAUUAGAAGGAAGAAGAAGACAAGGAGAUACUAUAAAGAGGAAGAUUAUGGAGAUACAUCAGUAGAAAUAGAAUAUACAACCAAAGAAGCGAGAAAAGGAAGGAAUAAAAAAAGAAGAAAGAAUGUCAAGGUGGAUAUGCCGUUCUUCUUAAAUGACGGGAAAAGAAGGACUAGAGAAAACAACCCAGAAAACAGAAGAAGAGUUAAGGAAUGUGAACCAAUGGAAGAAGAUACACCUCAAGAGCAAUCAAGAUACAGAACUAAACGCCGUGAAGAAACCCAUUUUGAUUCGCAAGACUACGAUGCACAAUCACACAGUGAAUAUGUAGAUGACGAGGCAGAAUAUGAUAGGAGAACCGAGAAAAGAAGGAAAAAGAGAACAAUACCAAUAGACGAAGGACUAGAGUCGCCCAGCGGAGAACAGGCUGACCAGUCUGAUUCUGAAUACAUAGUGACACUGCGUCCCACACAAAUACGCACAUUUGUUGUAUGGUUCGAGAGUAACAGAAGGAAUUAUGUCGUUUAAUUUAGUAUUAACAGUUUUGCAGUCUUAAAGUUUCGUAUUAUUUAUUUUUCUAUCUUGCUAUUUAUUUGUAUAUUUGCUAUCUAUUUGUAUAUAAUUAUUAUUUUCUUUUGUUUGUUUUGUUUUUGAUUUCUUUUGUUUUUGUUUUGUGCGCUACUGUGUGGGCCGCGUGCUUCUUUUGAUUAAAUUAUUUCUUUCUUUCUUUCUUUCUACAUCUGUUAAAAAUAUUAAUAAUUCGUCCAGAAGAAACGUUCUUGAAACGUCCCUCUUAAAACAUCACCAAAAGCCAACUGCGGUUGCCAACCCGCCUGCCAAGAGUGGCAACUGCUUUCUAAACCCCCAUUAUUGGAGAGGCCGCUAUUCUUAUUCUUUCUUUAUUCUUUAUUGUACACAAAAGGUUAUUGAAAUGUAAAAACAAACAUAAUAGUGCACAAAGGCGAGCUUAUCUCCAAUAGAGAUUUCUUCCAGCAAACCCAAUAUGAGAAAAGUGACAGUUCAUUAGUAGUUACAGUCAUAUUGUUGAUGGUGAUAUCAAAAUAUUAUGUCACGAUGUUUGUCGAACUCCUCCGAAAUGGCUCGAUCGAUUUCUAUGUUUUUUUUUUUUGUAUAUAAUAAAUAAGGUGGUACCAAAUUACCUGCAUUCCCUGCUACAUGGCAUAGUAUUAGAUAUAUACAUUACGAUAAAAAAGGAAUUUCAUGUCGAAGUAGUAUGAAAUUAUUUAAAAAAAAAUGAUAAAGUACAUAAACUACUUCAUUGCUUGUAAACCGCCCUCAUAACUAUACUUUUCUCUAUCACAUUGUCGGUCGCGCUCACUCAGUCAGUUUUAGCGUAACGUUUUUUUAAAGGCACUUUUUACACAGGAUGAAAAGUUUACAUUUAUUAAGAACACUUUUUUUGUAUGAAUAAUAUUAUGACAUUUGAGACACGAAAUUCUAUUAUUAUCGCAAAGUAUAUGCGUAAUACUAUAUUCCCUUAAAGGGAAUGCAGAUAAUUUGGUAACACCUUAUUUAUUAUUUUUAGGCAUGAAAUCGUAAAGUAUAUUUAAUAUCGCCAGGUGAGUUGGGUGUCCCAAUCCAAAAAAACAUUAUUCACAUAAAUCAAUUUAAUCAACGUCAAUGUAUUAUA